AUGCGGACGCUCGAGGCCUGCGCGCGCCAGCUCCUCGACAUUCUGGCGCACAAGGCGCGGAAGCUCGAGGGCCGCGCGCUCCGCGACGCGCGCGACGCGUUCGCGCAGCCGUGCGUCGCGGCGGCCAUCGCGCACGCGCUCGUCGACUGCGCGCCGGGCACCGUCGACAAGGCGCUCUGGCUCCUCGAGGGCGUCGCGCGGCUCCUGGGCCCCGCGGAGGGCGCGCGCCUGGCGCCGCUCGCCGUCCCGUUCCUCUUCAGCGCGCCGGGCUGCCCCGCGGACUUGGGCGUCGACCAGCACCCGGAGCAGCGGAGCCUCCUCGCCGCGAACGCGCUCCGGUCCGUCGCCACGCCGGCUUUGCUCGAGAUCCCCGGGGCGGUCGAGGGCCUCGCGGUCGUGCUCGAGUGCGACUACGCGGAGCCCGAGGGCACCCGCGGGCUCUACGAGCGCAAGCCGACCAAGGGCGCGCGGUCGCUCCGCUACCGCCGCGUCGCCGAGACGACGACGGGCGCGUUCCUGCACCCCGCGCGCGCGGCGCUCGAGGCGCUCGCCGUCGCCGUCGGCGCGUGCGAGGACGCCGCGGCGGCGGCGACGGACGCGGCCCUCGACGAGGCCCGCUACGACGCGAUCCUCCGCGACGCGGCGCCGGCGAGCCCGCGCGCCGUCGCGGCGGGGGCCGCGCGGCGCGCGCUGGACGAGGACCGGGCGGCGGCGACGCUGCGAGGCGACGCGCUCAAGGCCGCGCGCCUCGCCGCGCGGCAGGCCUUCAAGAAGGCCGCCGGGAACGCGGCCGCGGUCCGCGAGGCCGCCGAGAUGUGCCCGCGCCACCGGACGUGCGCCGAGGACCGCGCGAGCAUGUGGGCCCGGCUCGCGGACCUCGAGUUCCAGGCGAGCCGCGAGCUCGAGGCGCUCGGCGAACCUGGCCGCGCGAUCGAGGCGCUCGGCGCCGCGGCGCGGUCGCGCAUCCGGAGCCUCAAGCCGCGCGACAAGCGCGACGGCGUCGCGACGCACGCGCUCGUGCGGCUCUCCGUCGCGGCGGGAACGCCCUGGGCCGCGAUCAUGGCGAAGCAUCUGGAGGCCCGCCGCUCGUCGGACCCGGACACGGCCGCGCGCGCGAAGAAGGUCCUCGACCCGCAGGACAUGCGCUACCUGGGCCGCGCGGACCGCGCGUCGCCGCCGGGCGUCGCCGCCGUCGACGCGGUCCACUGCUGGCUGCCCGUGAUCCAGGAGUGGGCCCGGGCCUGGAUGCUCUCCGCGCUCGUGUCCGAAGGGGCCGAAGCGAUGGACGGCGACCUGCGGUCGAAGACCUGCAUGUCGCACAUGAGCUACGACCGCGACGCGUUCCUCCUCACGCACCUCGCGGCCCACGCCGCGGACACGGAGGCCGAGUGCGUGCUCCGGUGGAUGGGCGCGCCGACGGCGGCGAAGCGGGCGAAGCGCAUCGUGCGCGGCGUGCCCGCGGGCGCCGAGCGCGACGCCGCGGCCGCCGCGUGCGAGGCGCCGGCCGUCCGCCGGGAGAUGACGCGGAGCCGCGCGCUCAACGCCGCGCCGCCGCGGUCGGCCAUGAACACGGAGGAAAUCCAACGCGACCUCAACCUCUGGCGCUCCAAGCCCGAGUUCGAGCGCCACGCCUACGGCGAGGACGACCCCGAGGACCUCGAGCGCUUCGGCCGCAGGUACGACGCCGCGCGCGCGCGACGGCUCGAGCCCUGGUGCGACAAGUACGGCUUCGAGGACGACGCGCUCCGCUACGACGACCCGCCGUCGGACGUCGAGGUCCUCUGGGACGGCUACCUCGACGAGCCCAUCGACGCCGCGAUCGCCGAGAAGGAGCGCAUCGAGGCGAUCCUCGCGAGCGACUGGGACUCCGGCGAGAGCGACGACGAUACCGCGACCUGA